GCUUAUUAUUAUUAUUUUCAGUUCUCCAUAUCACUAUAACUGCAAUAAUGGCCAUCGGCAAAGACGACGUCGAGAUACUGAAGCCUCGUACGGACAAGAGGGAAUACCGGCGGAUCGUCCUCAAGAACUCCCUUCAAGUCCUCCUCAUCAGCGAUCCGGAAACCGACAAGUGUGCUGCUGCUAUGGACGUCGGAGUUGGUUCCUUCUCUGAUCCUGAUGGCCUCGAAGGUCUCGCUACUUUACUCGGGCACAUGCUGCGCUUUGCUAGUGAGAAGUAUCCUUUGGAGGAUGGUUACUCAAAGUACAUUGCAGAGCAUGGAGGCAGAAGAAAUGCCAUCAUAGCUGCUGAGAGUACCAACUUCCAUUUUGAUGUUAAUAGUGAUGGUUUUGAAGAGGCCUUGGACAGAUUUGCACAUUGCUUCAUUAAACCAUUGAUGUCAGCCGAUGCAACCACGAGGGAAAUCAAAGCAGUUGAUUCUGAGAACAAGAAGAACUUACUUUCUGAUGGUUGGAGAAUGUUUCAGCUUCAAGGGCACAUCAGUAUGGAAGGCCAUCCUUAUCAUAGGUUUCGUACAGGGAAUUGUAAUACUUUGGAGGUUAGACCAAAGGCAAAAGGAGUGGAUACAAGACAAGAGCUGCUCAAAUUUUAUGAAGAAAAUUACUCUGCCAACCUUAUGCAUCUAGUUGUGUACUCAAAAGAAAGUCUUGAUAAAACACAAAGCCUGGUAGAGGAUAAGUUCCAGGAAAUUAGAAACUCCGGUAGCAGCUUCCCAAGUUUUCCUGGUCAGCCUUGCUCAUCAGAACAUUUACAGAUUCUUGUGAGAGCAGUUCCAAUAAAAGAAGGUAACAAAUUGAAAAUUGUAUGGCCAAUAACUCCAGAGAUUCAUUAUUACAAGGAAGGGCCAUGCAGUUAUCUUGGUCAUCUUAUUGGCCAUGGAGGCGAAGGGUCUCUGUUUUACAUCUUGAGAAAACUAGGAUGGGCUACUGGAUUGUAUGCUAAUGAACAAAAGUGGACUUUGGAGUUUUCAUUUUUCCAAGUAGUUAUUGAUCUUACAGAUGCUGGUCAUGAUCACAUGCAGGAUAUAGUCGGAUUGCUAUUUAAAUACAUUCAACUUUUACAGCAAUCUGGUGUUUGCAAAUGGAUAUUCGAUGAGCUUUUAGCUGUCUGUGAGACAAGCUUUCACUAUCAGGACAAAGUCCAUCCUCUUCAUUAUGUUAAAGACAUUGCAUUGGACAUGCGGAUGUAUCCUCCUAGAGACUGGCUUGUGGGAUCAUCAAUGCCUUCAGAUUUCAAUCAAGGCAUCAUACAAUUGGUACUUAAUGAGCUUUCUCCAGAUAAAGUUCGAAUCUUCUGGGAGUCAAAGAAAUUUGAAGGACUUACUGACAUGGUGGAACCAUGGUAUGGCACUGCAUAUUCCAUUGAGAAAGCCACAACAUCCAUGAUUCAGGAGUGGAUGUCAUUGGCUCCUAAUGAGAAUCUGCGUCUACCGGCACCUAAUAGUAAUAUCUUCAUCCCAACAGAUUUGUCACUUAAAGAUCCGGAAGAGAAGAUCAAGUAUCCAGUUUUACUUAAGAAGUCAUCCUAUUCAACUGUAUGGUACAAGCCUGAUACGAUGUUCUCCUCUCCUAAGGCAUGUGUUAAGAUAGGCUUCAACAGCCCCUAUGCUAGAAAUUCCCCUGAAGCUGAAGUUCUUACAUCAAUUUUUGCCCAAUUGGUGAUGGAUUACUUGAAUGAAUAUGUUUACCAUGCCUGGGUUGCUGGCCUUCGGCUUCGUUUCUACAGAAGCGAAACUUAUAGUGGUUUUGAGGUGACAUUGGAUGGUUACAAUCACAAACUACGGAUGCUAUUAGAGACUGUUGUUGAUAAAAUUGCAAAAUUUGAAGUAAAACCUGACAGGUUUUCUAUAAUCAAGGAACAGGUAACACAAGACUAUCAAAAUCGGAAGUUUCAGCAACCUCGUGAGCAGGCUAUGUACUAUUGCUCAUUAUUAUUGGAGGACCGCUCAUGGGCCUGGAUGGAGGAACUUGAAGUCCUGCCAAAUAUUAAAGCUGAAGACCUCGCCAGAUUUGCUCCCAUGAUGCUCUCAAGGGCCUUCCUUGAAUGUUACAUAGCAGGUAACAUUGAACGUGCUGAGGCAGAGUCAAUUAUAGAGCAUGUUGAAGAUAUUUUCUUUAAGGGCUCAAACCCUAUAUGUCAACCAUUAUUUCCAUCCCAGCAUCUCACAAAUAGAGUUGUAAAACUUGUGAGAGGCAUGAAUUACUUCUGCUCUAAGGAAGGGCUAAAUCCAAGUGAUGAGAAUUCUGCCCUUCUGCACUAUAUUCAGGUUCAUCGAGAUGAUUUUAUGUUGAAUGUGAAACUCAACCUUUUUGAUCUUAUUGCUUGGCAACCAGCGUUCCAUCAGCUUGGAUCUGUUGAGCAACUUGGGUACUUUACUGUUCUCUUGGAGAGGAAUGAUUUUGGAAUUCGUGGAUUGCAGUUUAUUAUCCAGUCCACUGUGAAGGGCCCAGGGCGUAUUGGUUUAAGAGUUCAGGCAUUCCUCAAGAUGUUUGAGACUGAACUUUACAAGAUGACCCAUGAUGAAUUUAUGAGCAGGGUAAAUGUACUGAUUGAUAUGAAGCUUGAGAAGCACAAGAAUCUACUGGAAGAAUCUAGGUUUUACUGGAGAGAAAUUACUCAUGGAACCCUUAAAGUUGAUCGGAUAGAAGCUGAGGUUGCAGCACUAAGGCAACUUACACAAGCAGAACUGAUAGACUUCUUCAAUGAGUAUAUAAAAGUCGGUGCACCACAAAAGAGGACCCUGAGCAUUCAUGUGGUUGGGAAGGGACAUUGAGCAGAGUAAAAAGCCACGUAAAGUGAAGUGGUUCAAUCAGCCAAAAUUGAUGACAUAUUUAGUUUCUUCAGAAAAUCAUUACCACUUUAUGGUUUAUUCAGAGGAGGCGCUAGUCAUGUAAAAUUGUAGUUUCAAAGGAGAGGGCAGAAUCAAUAUUGGAGCUUCAACUCUUGAAAUGGAGAUACAAACUCAAACGAGCUUUGGUCACUGACAAAGCUCAAUGUUCGAUAGUUAUCUGCACGGCCAAUGCCAAUGAAAUUGUAACUUUAUAUUAAUUUUUUUCUAAUUUAUUUCUAGGACUGAAAAUUAAACUAAAGUCAUACAUAUUUGAAAGAAAUUUGCCUCUGCUUUGAGAACUUCAAUAAAAUGAAAGCAGAAAAUAUUGCCAAGUGAUGUAUAGGAAACUAGUAAUUGUGUAUGGUUUGUAAAAUGGUGGGGAAACUAGUUGCGAUUCUUGUGUAAGUGCUGUUAUCUAAGUGUGCAUUUUUGUACCCUUUUUGUUUUCUUAGUAAAUAGCUUUUUAAUUC